UCCUUUCGAAUAGACGUUAGUGCGGUCCUAACGCGGCUAAGAUGCCAACGUGCCAUUGCCACUGACUAACUGACUAACUGAGUAAUGUAAUCAAUAGGCAAUAGAACAAGAGAGUGAAUUGACGUGUAGUGAACACAAACGAAUCGAAAUCGAAUACAAAUAUGGCGCAGAAUACGCGCAACUCCGAUUUAUCGCAGAUAGCGGUCAAUGCCAACAAUAUACCCGAUGACAGCGUCGACUGUGGCAUCAAGGGUCUGGGCUGGUGCCGCGGUCCCGGCUGCCAGAAGUAUGCCAGGCUGCGCACCUUCAUCCUGGUCCUGGCCAUCUCGGGAACCCUACAGGGCGCCUGCGAGUCCUACUUCCGCGUGUCGGCCAAACAGGCUUCCUUUCAGUUCGGCUGGAAUCCACUGUUAGUGGAUUGGCUGCUGGUGGCCAGUGGAUUGUUCCAGGCCGUCUUUGCAUUGGCCUUCGCUUACUGGGCGGACGUCUAUCAUCCCAUCAAGUGGCUGGUGGGAACUCUGAUGCUGCAGGCAGUCACCUGUGUGGUCGCCGUGAUUCCCUCCAUCAUGAACUUUGCCGACGGCAGCAAGGCAAAGGAUGUUCUGCUGGAUGCCAAUAUGUGCGCCACAUCCUUGGCACAGUUCCAGAGACUCACACUGACCGAGGCCCAGAGCAGCAGCCUCACCCUCGCGAUGCUCUUCGGCCUUCAGCUGGCCUUGGGAAUGGGAGGACUAGCCUACUACACGCUGGGAGUCAGCUACAUCGACGACAACUCCCUGUCCUACGAUAGUCCGGCGGUGAUUGGUGCUGCUUUGGGUGCGCGCGUCUUUGGCCAGCAGGCGGGAUCCUUCCUGGUGCUUGGAGUGGGUCUCACCCAUGUGGGUUGGUGGCUCGGUUGGGUGAUACUGGCGCCCUUCAUUUUCGUGGGCGCUGUUCUUCUGGGACUGUUUCCCAAACGGCUGCCAAAGACGGUUAUUCACCAGGCGGCUCAGAGGAUCAUCGAGCAGUCGACCAUGCGUAACUUUGGCAGCCAGUUCUCAACUUACAUGGAUGACUCAGACUUCUGGCCAUCGCUGAAGAGGCUCUUCAAUAACCGCCUGCUGAUGUUCAAUCUGUUGAGCAUCAUGUGCGUGCAGAGUGCAGUCGUGAACUAUGGCCUCCAGGAGGAGAGCUAUCUGCAGAGCAGGUUCUUCUUGCCCUACAACGAACAGGAUGGCUUGGCGGCGGAAUGGAGAUCGGCCUUCGUAUCCUACUUUCUCAAGCCGCCAGUGAUGGCGGUGGGAAUGCUGAUUAGUGGCCUGGUCAUCUCGAAGGCUCAGUUAUCUGCCCGCAAAAUAACCGGUAUCAACAUAGGCCUCAGUAUUCACCUGGUAGCGAUUUUCGUCGGCCUGGUCUUUGUCCAGUGCGAUGUGGGCGCCAUUGCUGGUGUCGAGGGUGGUAAGCUGAAGCAGCCCUAUUGCUCCAGCCAAUGCCUGUGCACGCCCACCGCCUUCAUGCCCGUCUGUCCGGAGAACAGUGCCGUCACCUACUUCUCGCCCUGCUACGCGGGCUGCACCAAACAGUCCACCAUCAAUAGCUUUCAGUUGUACGAUGGCUGCAGCUGCACCGGGGAUCAGUCCUUGAAUUCCACCGGGCAGAUGAGGGCCACUGCGGGAGCUUGCAGCGCGGACAGCUGCCAGAGUGCCAUCAUUAUGUUCCAAAUCAUGAGCAUUUCGGUGGCCUUUCUGAUGGGCGUCGGGGCCAUUGGAAAGACGUUGAUCACGCUGCGGGCUGUCCUGCCACAGGAUAAGUCCUUGGCCCUGGCCUUUGAACUGAUGAUCGUGGGCCUCUUCGCCUAUGUUCCGGUGCAUCUCAGCUACGACAUUGUCACCCGUACGACCUGCGUUUACUGGGCACCCAACUACGAGCGCUGUCUGCUGCGAGAGACGCCCAAGCAUGGCAACAUCCUGGAUAUUCUCACAGCCUCAUUGAUCCUGGCCAGUGUGCUUUUCGACAUACUCGUCUACGUAUUCGCCAAAGGACUCAAUCUUUACAACUGCAAGGUGACGGAUAAUAACUACACACCCUCUCUGUACGCCCCAAUUCCGCAUGAGGAUGCGACUACAUCGCCCAGUGCUCCACGAGGAGGAAGUCCAGUGACCACCACCACCACCUCCUCACCCAUGCAACGCAGGGAUGCAGCUCCAGAACCACGGAUGGAGACGGCGGUAUUCCGGAAUCCCAGUUCGGUAACUACAUCGUCGGGUGGAGCACAGAGCAUUGUGGAACCCAGUGAGAGUGGAGUCACCUAUGCACAAGUGGUCUUUCCACCAGACAGACGCAAGCCAACUGACGGUAGCACCAGUCCCAAGCGUUUGGCCGUCCCAGCAAACGUACCAUUGCAUCUGCUCUCCGAGUCGGACGUGCGCAGCCAGUUGGGCAACCUGAAGUCCUUCAAUCCUCCCAAACAGGAGGCGGACAGGGGUCAAGACACUGUAGACACCGACGAUGUGGUGGUCACCCAACCGCAGGUCCAAGCUGUGCUUCCACAGGUGCAACGCCAGGCUCAAACGGAAGUCCAUCCGAUCACCGGAGACCUCCACCCAAACCAUGACAGUCCGAGGCCACAAAGCCCAGAAACGGACUUCUGAGGGGCCACACCAAAUUAUUCUAAUCUGUUUUUAUACAUUCGUAAAGUUAAGAUCGAUCCUAUGUGCCAAUACAAAUCAUUUGAACAAAUAAAGUUAUUCUUCAUUUCAUUCAAAAA